CGGGGCCGCGUCACGUGCCGAGAAGCCGCAGGCGGCGGCUCGGGGCGCGGGGAGGCGCGGCCAUGGCAGCUCCGGAGCCGCUGUCCCCGGCGGGUUGCGCGGGCGAGGAGGCGCCGGAGGAGGACGAGGACGAGGCGGAGGCCGAGGACCCCGAGCGGCCGAAUGCGGGAGCGGGCGGUGGCCGCAGUGGCGGCGGCGGCAGCGGAGGAAGCGGAGGAGGCGGCGGCGGUGGGGCCGGGGCGGGGGGCUGCGGCGGGCCGGGGGGCGCGCUCACCAGGCGCGCGGUCACGCUGCGGGUGCUCCUCAAAGACGCGCUGCUGGAGCCCGGCGCCGGGGUGCUGUCCAUCUACUAUCUGGGGAAGAAGUUCCUCGGGGACCUGCAGCCGGACGGAAGGAUCAUGUGGCAGGAGACGGGGCAGGUCUUCAACUCACCCAGUGCCUGGGCCACCCACUGCAAGAAGCUGGUGAACCCUGCCAAGAAGUCGGGCUGUGGCUGGGCCUCUGUCAAGUACAAAGGCCAGAAACUGGACAAGUACAAAGCCAGCUGGCUCCGGCUGCACCAGCUGCACACGCCUGCCGCCGCUGCUGAUGAGAGCCCGGCCAGCGAAGGGGAGGAGGAGGAGUUGCUGAUGGAGGAAGAGGAGGAGGAGGUUCUGGCAGGGGUCUCAGCAGAGGACAAGAGUCGGAGAGCACCGGGGAAGAGCCCCUCAGAGCCUGCCCACCCGGAAGCCACAACCUUGGGCAAGCGGGUGGACAGCAAGAUCCGGGUCCCAGUCCGCUACUGCAUGCUGGGCAGCCGUGACUCUGCCAGGAACCCCCACACCCUGGUGGAAGUCACAUCCUUUGCAGCCAUCAACAAGUUCCAGCCGUUCAAUGUGGCUGUUUCCAGCAAUGUGCUGUUCCUGCUGGACUUCCACAGCCACCUGACUCGAAGUGAAGUCGUGGGUUACCUGGGGGGCCGCUGGGACAUCAACAGCCAGAUGCUGACGGUGCUCAGAGCCUUCCCCUGUAGGAGCCGGCUCGGGGAUGCGGAGACUGCAGCUGCCAUUGAAGAGGAGAUCUACCAGAGCCUGUUCCUGCGGGGCCUGUCCCUGGUGGGCUGGUACCACAGCCACCCACAUAGCCCAGCGCUGCCAUCCCUGCAGGACAUCGACGCGCAGAUGGACUACCAGCUGCGGCUUCAGGGCUCCAGCAACGGCUUCCAGCCCUGUCUCGCCCUGCUCUGCUCUCCUUACUACUCUGGCAACCCAGGCCCCGAAUCCAAGAUCUCACCUUUCUGGGUGAUGCCUCCUCCCGAGCAAAGGCCAAGUGACUACGGCAUCCCCAUGGACGUGGAGAUGGCCUACGUCCAGGACAGCUUCCUGACCAAUGACAUCCUUCACGAGAUGAUGCUGCUGGUAGAGUUCUACAAGGGCGCCCCUGACCUCGUGAGGCUCCAGGAACCCUGGAACCAGGAGCACACCUAUCUCGACAAGCUGAAGAUCUCCUUGGCCAGCAGGACGCCUAAGGACCAGAGCCUGUGCCAUGUGCUGGAGCAGGUGUGCAGUGUCCUCAAGCAGGGGAGCUGAGCCUCCCAGGGCAGGGUGGGCUCCAGAUGGGCUCAGGUAAUAAAGAAAUGGAAGCAG